GCGGGCGUGCCCCGCGAGAAAGCUCGCCAGAAACGGGUACUCGAUGGCUGCAGCGCACUGUACGUGCACGUUGCCCGCACUCCAGAUCUUUUUUCUCCAGACUCCGUCCAGUCCCCUCGUCGGCCGAAUCGUUGCGACUUGACUGGGAGGACCGGCGCCCGCGACGACCACCGCAUAUCCCGUCAGAGCCCCCGUCUCGGUCCCGUUCCGUUGUCCCUCCCUCGCCCCGAAGCGCGCUCCACGUUUCCGUCCGCACAGGCCCGUGGUUGCUAGUCUCUCUUUUCCUCCCGCGAACAACUGCCUCGAGCACCACCAUAUCAUACCUGACCUCCACUACAUCCGAGUUGCAUUAACUUGUAACUCCCGUCACCUUGCCAUAUCACAACGCCGCCAUGGCCGGCAAGGGUCUCAAGAGCCUCAACGAGGCCAUGAAUGCGCUGAGCAUUGCUUCCAAGUCAUGCAGGGCACUGCCGAUGCGCCAAUCCUCUAUUCUUCCCUGCAGACGGUCGAUGGCCUCCGUAGCCACCCCUCCUGCCGCCAAUAUCACAAGAUCGGUCUCGGAACCAUGGCAACCCAGUAUGAGCACCAACACGACUGCCAACCUCGACAACAUCGCCCGCGCUGGAAAGGUACUAACCCACGAUUCAGUCACCAACGUUCCUGUGACCGUCUAUUCCUUCCCCGAACUCGAGCCGCGCUCCCUCGAAUCCUACUCAGCCCGUCACCUUCACCUCCCGCUGCGUCGCGAUAUCCUCCACUUGGCCGUCAUCUACGAAGGUGACUCGACACGACGGGGCAUGGCGUCUACAAAGACACGCUACGAAGUUCAUGGUUCGCACAAGAAGAUGAGUCCCCAGAAGGGUACCGGUAACGCCCGUCGUGGUACCCGCCAGUCACCUCUGAUGAAAGGUGGUGGAAAGACCUUCGGCCCCAAGCCCCGCGACUUCAGCACGAAGCUUAACAAGAAGGUCUACGAUUUGGCCUGGCGCACCGCGCUGUCCUACCGCUACAAGCGCGGCGAGCUCAUCGUCACCGAGGACGGCCUCGACCUCCCCCUUCCCAACGAUUUCCUCUGGCUUGCCGGCGGCGGUAAGCUCAGCCGUGAGCUUGAGGACGGCUACGUCCGCAAGUGGGUUCACGAGUUCAUGACCAGCUUGAACUGGGGCAAGGAGGCUGGCCGGACGACCUUUAUCACGGGCGACAAGCGCCCCAACCUCUUCACUGGAUUCGAGUUGGCCGGUGCCGAGGGUCGCGCUUUGGAGUUGUGGGAUGUCGAUGUCAAGGAUCUUUUGGAGACGGGCAGGAUAGUGAUUGAGCGCAGCGCGCUCAAGGAGAUGAUCGAGGACCACCAAAGCGACCUCGUCACCCGUGUAGCAGUCCAAGGGCUCCGCCAAAAGGGUCCCAAUCUGGGUGAGGUGCUCGUCAGGGCGCCGAGAUACUAGACAGGGAAGAAGAUGGAGAAGAAGCAGCAGCAGCAGAAGUGAAUGUGUGUGUGCAACCACCGGCAACACUCUUGUACCAUAUGAAUCGCGCAAGGAGGGCGGACUGAAGAAGACGGUUUGUCCAGCACGAUGAGUGUAAUAUUCAUGUUCCUUUGUACGGUGUACCUACACGAGUUUCCCUUGUUAUUCGGAAGCAAUUGGCUUGCCUUGUUCCCUCUCUGCAUUGUGAUAAUAAGCGAGAACUGUGUAAAAGCCAAGGGGUUAAGUAGAACGGUAUAGUAGUCUGUGACUGUGACACAGUUAUGCGCAACUAAAAUGUCAUUUCUUGGAGUGAA